CCGCCGCCCCCGCCAGCGGUGGAGCGGAGCGCGGCCGGGCCGGGGCUGUGGUACGAGAAGGCGGCGCCCGGUGACAGGAGGCUGGGAAAAGUGGUGACUAUCGCCAAGUCAAAGAAGUUUCGAGAUCGUCACGGGAAGGUUCUGCUGGAGGGUCAGAGGCUGAUCAAGGACGCGCUGGAGGCAGGAGCUGUGCUGCAGACUCUCUUCUUCAGCACCGUGGGGCACCUGAAGGAGCUGCCCCAGGCAGAGCUAAAACGAGCCAACUUAGUUAAGGUGAAAUUUGAAGACAUUAAGAGUUGGUCUGACCUCAUAACUCCUCAGGGGCUUCUAGGGAUCUUUUCCAAGCCUGACCAUGCCAAGAUGUCCUACCCUGCCGCUCAGCUAACCAGCUCCUUGCCACUGCUCCUCAUCUGUGACAAUAUCCGAGAUCCGGGAAACCUGGGGACUAUUCUGAGAUCUGCAGCAGGAGCAGGCUGUGAGAAAGUCCUGCUCACCAAAGGCUGUGUGGAUCCGUGGGAGCCAAAGGUGCUCUUGGGAGCUCACUUCCGUCUGCCCAUCGUCGCCAACCUGGACUGGGAAUCUCUUCCCAGAAACCUUCCUGCUGGUGUCCAGGUCUGCGUGGCUGAUAACAAAGACCCAGGCACUCAGGCUGAGACCGCGUCUGUGCCGAUGGGAGCGGGCAGGGCUGGCUCUGCUCCUGGGAAAUCCCAACCCGAGGCUGCUCCAGAGCGUGAGGAUGAGGAGGGAGCGGCGGGUGUCUGCCUCCCAGAGCUGGCUGUGCAGCAUUACUAUGAGAACUGGACACAGACUCCAGUGGCAGUGGGGGUCGGCGGAGAGACCCACGGUGUGAGUCCAGAAGCGCUUCACCUCGCAGCCAGCACGGGAGGGAAGAGACUGGUGAUUCCCGUGGUGCCAGGCGUGGAGAGCUUGAACUCUGCUAUCGCUGCUGCCGUUGUGCUGUUUGAGGGGAAGAGACAGUUGUUGUGGAGGCACAAGCAGGAAGACGAAAGGCAGAAGUUCCCUGUAGUGGGCUAA